UUGUGACAUUAAAAAUGGCAAAUAGGUUGUUACCCUCAUCCAAAGAACUGGUCAAAAACCUCCAAUUAAAAGCUGCUGUACUUAGAAGCAAUCAAGUGUUCUUCUCAUCAAAUAUUCCUCAAGGUGAUGGAGGAAUUAUUAAUGAAGCAGUAGAGACGGUGGCGGAGAAUGUUGAGUCGGUUAGUGAGACGGCGGAAACGAAGAAGACGGCAGAGGAAGUGGUAGAAACAACCACCGCCGAAGCUGACACCAACGUUUUGAACACUUGUGAGUAUAGAAGUGCUCAAGAUUUGCAUGGCCAGCUUGGAGAUGGUUGUGACCACAACACUGGGUUAUAGUAUUAUUUAGUAUUUAAUUACAUUCCUUUUUUGUCUUGUUUUUUGUUUGUUUUUCCCUCUUGUCUUUUACUUUAAAUCCAAUACUUUUGUUUUUUUUUUUCCUUUUCUAAUACUUUAGUCCAAUACUUAUAAAUCAAUCCUUUC